AUGGAUGCAGAAAGAGAGACCCUCCUGCAGAAAGCACAGGCCAGAAGCACAGGCCUUCUGUCAGAAGCAGGGCCUCAUGCUGGAGGUGAAGUGUGUGACACACUGGACACCUCUGCCCGAGUGAGAUGCCUGAAAAUAGCUGAGCAAAACCAGCUGCUUUUCACUGACUUCAUAUCUGGAACAGUUCUUGACCUUCCACUGAACUCCAGGCAGGACACAGCAGGCAUCCCACCUCCAGAGUGACCGAAACCAGUCAAGGACAGAGCAAUAAACAGGCAGGAAAAGCAGCUUGCCAUAGCAUAUGAUGAUUUAGUCCUCAUGCUGGAUAUUAUCCCUGUGGAUCCAUGCCCAGUGAUCGACAUCUACACCCUUAAAACUGAGAUCCCUGGCACUCUGAUUUCUACAGCUGUCCUUGCAGAUUACAGAGGCCUCUAUGGCACAACUAGCAAGGACUUACUCCUUUAUCACUGCCCUCGGGUCCAAGUGUUUCCUUUGGAAGGUCACAGAAGCCAGAUCUCCUCUUUGGAAAGCAGCCAUGGAGAGCAGCGGGCACUCAGUGGUUGUGAAGAUUUCCUGCAGUGUCUCUGGGACUUGGAGUUCUGUCAGCAGGAUCAUGAGAUGGGCUAUUCUAAG